AUGAAACCUCAUCCUCAUACUCUUGGAUCUAGUAAAACUGAUUUCAAUGAUGAUUGUAGUAGUGGUGAUGGUAGUAGUAGUGAUGGUAGCACUUGUAUUAACGGUAGUAAACUAUUAUCAUAUAUUCAAAUCCAUACUGAAUAUGAAAAUAUGGUAUCAAUUUAUAAUUCCAUGCAUAAAGUGAAUGAUUUAAUUCAACAAGCCUUUAAAAUUUAUAAAUUCAUUUCAACAAGUCCACAAUUAAAUUCUGAUACAAUUUUAUUAGAAAAGUGGAGAAGAAAAGCAUUUUGUAAAGGUAAAGAAUCAUUUAUUAUUAUCGGAAGAAUGUAUGAAAAUGGAAAUGAUAAAUUAAUUGGCAAAGAUUUAAAUAUUGCACUUGAAUAUUAUUUAAAAUCAGAUUCAGCAAGUUUAAUUGGUAAAAUUUAUAAGAAAUUAGGAGAAUAUUCUAAAGCUUUUGAAUGUUAUUUAAAUGCUUUUGAAAAUGGAAAUGCUAAAACUGAAUUAAAAUUAGCAAGAUUAUAUUCAAAAUAUUUACAAAAUGAAAAAUCAAAACCUUUAAAUGAUGAAAUGUUAUUGAAAAUUAGUAAAUCUUUAAUUGUAAAUAAGAGAUUUGAAGAAGCAAACAAAUUAAUGAAAUAUGUUAAUGAUAAGACUACCAGUGAUUCAAUUGUUAUUCAAUUUUAUAUUCAAAAGAUAAUAUUAACCAAUUAA